AUGGGAGUCUGCAUGUCAAACAGAAAUCUGAUACCUGCACGUAAUCCUGGUCAAGCAAGUGCAUUCUAUUGGGCCUGUCGUAAUGGUGAUAUGGCAACUGUAGAGAAGAUGUUGCCAAAUCUGACAUAUGAAGAAGUUAAUCAAAUUGAACCAAACGGGAGUACCGCACUACACGCCGCCAGCUUCUAUGAUCAGCCAGGUAUUGUUCGCCUUUUACUUGCAAGCGGUUGCUCGCGAACAGUCCUCAAUUAUAACGGAAUGACAGCCUUUCAAGAAGCAGCCACCGAUAGAAUUCGGGUACUCUUCAAUCGACCAACUUCGAAUAGAUUUCUUGAUGAACAGUUGACGAACUCGUUUCAGUUAGUAACUGAACAAGGAGAUAACGUCGAAAUGAAAGAUGGCAUACCAGACGAUUGGUUCAAAGGACAUAUUUCUGCAGAUUCCGCUCACGAAGCACAGCUCAUGAUUGCCAUGGCAAAUUCAUCAAAUCCACUGAAGCAAAUCGUGAAGAAUCGAACAGAGAUAGAGAGCACUCAAACUCUCAAUGAACUGGUCUCAACAGCAGUUCCUCAACAACAUAAACAUUAUAAAUAUAUAAGCGACUUGAAGGAGAAGUUUUUGAACAAAAUGGGUAUUAGUCAUCUAUUAACCAUGUACACACUUGAAACACCGUUCUAUAAUACUUUACAGACUGAAGCCGAUUCAUUCACGGUUUUACUCUAUUUUCAUUUAAAUGAGCUGCAAGAUCGUGCGUUUCAAGGAUGGGCUUAUCGCGGCGGUACAAUGAGCCAAAGUGACAUCAGUGCUUACCGAUGGGCACUCACCAGAGACGAUUAUGUUCUAGAGACGCGCACGGUUCAGUCAAUGUCACUGAAAAAAAAAGUGGCACAAGAAUUUGCGGAGGGGGCAGCAUCGAAAGACAAACAAACUGAUCGUCAUUUGGUCUUACUGACAUUCAAUUUUCCUCAAAAAUGUCCGACAGCAAUCAAUUUAACAAGAAUAUCUGAAACAUUACCUUGUCUGUCUGCAUACGGACACGAAGAGGAAGUAACGCUGUUACCAUUCACUUUAUUUUCGGUGAAAGAUAUCAAAACUGAUUCAAAUAGCGGUCAAUACCGUAUCGCUCUUACAAACGUUCCAACUCCAAAAACAUCGCUGCUGGCUGCUAUGAAACACGUCGAAUCAUAA